CCGGUUUUCAAAAUUCAUUCAUCGCAGUUUGCGCUAAAACAAGCAGUGCAUCACGAACGUUAACUCAAUCUUUGAAUAAUCACGCAAUAAUUUUUCAAAUUAUUCUUAAUCUACUUAACUUAAGUACUUAUAAAAAUGGCGCAAGUUUGUACCAAAGCAGCAGCCAACGGAAAAGUCAAUGGAAAGAUGAAUGGCAACCAAACUAAUCACAGCAAUGGAAAAGCACCACAAACGGACAACAACGAAAAAUACACCUAUGAACAUCUUCUCGAAACAGCGCAGUUUUUCUUGGAUCGCGUCAAGCAGCGACCAAAGAUUGGCAUCAUUUGUGGCUCAGGAAUGGGUGAGUUGGCUGAUGCUCUGACUGAUCGCAUGGUCUUCAAAUACGAAGACAUCCCCUACUUCCCCGUGAGUACCGUAGAGGGUCACAUGGGUCAAUUGGUCUUCGGGAAACUCAACGGUAUCGAAGUCCUGUGUAUGCAAGGCAGAUUCCAUUAUUACGAAGGUUACCCGUUGUGGAAAUGCGCUAUGCCCGUACGUGUAAUGAAACUUGUCGGCGUAACCCAUCUCAUUGCAACCAACGCCGCUGGAGGACUUAACCCAUCCUACAAAGUAGGAGAUAUUAUGUUUGUCAAAGACCAUAUUAACAUGAUGGGCUUCGCUGGUAAUAACCCACUUAUGGGACCCAACGAUGAGCGUUUUGGUCCUAGAUUCCCACCUAUGAACAAAGCAUAUGACAGGGAUCUGAUCCGUAAAUCUAAGGAGAUCUUCGAAUCAAUGGGUUUGAGUGAUACUGUCCAUGAAGGUAUCUACACUUGUUUAGGCGGACCUAAUUUUGAGACUGUUGCUGAGCUGCGCAUGUUGAAGAUGUUGGGCGUUGAUGCCGUAGGCAUGUCUACCGUGCACGAAGUCAUCACCGCCAGACAUUGUGAUAUGCAUGUGUUGGCUUUCAGUUUGAUCACCAAUGAAUGCGUUACUUGCUACGACAGCAAAGAUGAGGCUAAUCACGAGGAGGUCAUGGAUGUCGGCAAAAUGAAGAACACCGUGCUGAAAGAAUUUGUUUCCAAACUUAUGCCUUAUAUUCAGGAACAUACAGAUAAUCAGAAUAGUUCACAUUAACUGACAUGCUAUUGUGAAAGAGUUGCUACAUUCUCAACUUUUAAAUGUUCACUAUAUUUUAAAUCUAGAACUCAGUUCCUUAUUGUUACCGUUGGCUACUCUUAAGUUAUACGUAUUUUUAUAGUAAAUUUUAAGAACUUGUACGUAAAUGUUUCACGCAAUAAAACUUAAAUAAUUUAGAUAAUACACAAAUUCGUAAAUGUAAAA